UGCGGAAAUUAAAGGUGGAACGAUGCCUUGUGAAAAAUUUGCGGUAAUUGCUGGUAGCGAGCAGGAAAGUUUAUCUUUUUACUCCACUUUCUUUACCGAUAACAUUAAGUUUAAAAAAGGAGAUAUUUAUCAACUUUCUACUUCCGGAAGUCUGGUGCAAGAUUCUUCUGAAAUCGUUCAAGGAAUUAGCAAUGGAAGUUAUGAAUUUGAGAAAUCUUUCCCCUCUUUAUUGAUUAAAGAGUUGUGGGAGUCCAACCAAGAAAAUAUUGAGGAACUGGAUUUGUUAAAAAAAGAAUUUGAAGACAAGAAGAAAUAUGUUGAUGGAAUAAAUGAAGAUUUGCACAAGUCCAAAGAGGAAACA